AUGGCGGGCCGUAUGGUGCUAUACAAGCUGGUGGUUUUAGGCGAUGGCGGCGUGGGAAAGACAGCAUUGACCAUUCAACUAUGUUUGCAACAUUUUGUUGAAACUUACGACCCGACGAUUGAAGAUUCCUAUCGCAAGCAGGUUGUCAUAGACGGCCAACCAUGCAUGCUCGAAGUUCUCGACACUGCAGGGCAAGAAGAAUACACAGCCCUGCGCGACCAAUGGAUUCGCGAUGGCGAAGGUUUCGUCCUCGUCUACAGCAUUUCCUCUCGCUCCUCAUUUACCCGCAUCAAGAGAUUUCACCACCAGAUUCAACGAGUAAAAGAAUCUUGCGCAUCUUCACCAUCGUACCCGGGCUCACCCCUCUCUGCCGCGAGCCCUCAGAUGCCAGCGCCAAUCAUGCUAGUCGGCAACAAGAGUGACAGAGUCACAGAGCGUGAGGUAUCUACACAGGAAGGGCACGCACUGGCUAGAGAACUGGGCUGCGAAUUUGUUGAAGCAUCAGCAAAGAACUGCAUUAAUGUUGAAAAGGCAUUCUACGAUGUGGUCAGGAUCCUUCGUCGACAGCGGCAACAAGCGUCUCGCCCGCCGGGUGGCUCGAGCGGCCGCUCACGAACAGGCAAUGGUGACAUUGGCGGGCGUGAGCGAGAAGCACCGAGAUAUCGGCGCAACAAGGAUGGCGAGAAGAGCAAAAAGUGCAUUGUAUUAUGA